GGAACGGUCGGAUCUCAUCUGAGGUCGUCGCGCGUGUACCCACCCGAGGAGGAAGAAGAGCACGCAGCCGCGGCGCCACGUGCGUCGCCGGCUCGCCGCACCGCAAGCUCGCCGUCGAGCCGCUGGCCCCACGGCAGCCAAGCGCCUCCGCCCGCAGAGCCGUCCGGCGCCAGCCCCAGGGUCGAGCGGAGAGGAACCAGGCCCCGCCGCCACCCACACCGACCGGUAUUUGCCCGGCGGCGCUUUGGGGCGGCAGCAGGGCAGGGGGACCGGGAGGAGAAGCGAGGGAAGCGGCGGGCUAGGGUUUUCCUCCGCGUCGCUCCCGGGAUGGGAGGGGAAACCGCCUCGUGUCUUGCCUCGGUCGGUGUAUAACUCGGAUGCGCCGGUCCAUAUAAACCGUCGACGACUGCACACAGCGCGCCUGACCGGCGAAAACACACCCUAUGGGCCGAGCUCGGCGUGACCGCGGCUCUGCAACGAGCAAGUCUGAUGCGGCCGAUGGAGCAAAACCGCCAACUGGAUCUUCUACAACUCAUGUGAGGCAGAGUGUUCUGUAUUCGGCCCGAAGGGGACCUCGAGGCAGAAAAGGACGACCGGUGGAGGAGCAUACAGGUGAGGUGAGCAACAGUGAGCUUGGGCAUACAAGUGCAGACCUGUCACAGUUUGAUGCCCUGACGCUGAAUACCACACCUCCUACACUUCAAUUAUCUGAUAGGGUCGAGGAGCAUUCUACCGAGGUGAGAAGCACUGGGCCUAACGGUACAGGUGCAGACCUGUCAAAAGAUGAGGGCAUUUCGCUGAAUGUCACAUCUCCUGCAUAUGAGUCAACUGAUGGGGCUGUGGUGCAUGGCAGCAACAUGGACAUCGGUGUGCCUGAUUCUACAAUUGAGAAGCAACCAGCUGUUCAGGAAGCAUUAUCCCCGAGGUCAGAAGAAAGGCGGCGGAGAAUAAAUCAAUACCUCGCUGAACAUACAUAUAAUGACGUCUUAGAGGCCAUGGUUGCUGUGAAAAAUGGCUUCUGCAACCCACCCAAAAAGGUUUCCAACCCCAACAAGUCAUCAGAAAAGCUUUCCUUGCCUGAUUCACCACAGUCUCCGCAUCGACUGGAUACUCAAUCCUCGCAGACAAAAAUACAGUGUGGAGAAUCUACAAAACAAAUCAUUAAAAACGGGAAACUAUGGAUGGAGAAGGAAGUCAUGAAGGCUUUUAAGAAGUGCAUCAUAGAAGGGGAGGGAUUGAGAGGUGUGAAGUUUGAACUAGACGAGCUUCUGCACCAGUGUUUCAGUGUGGAGACACAUGAGAAGAUGUUCCACCACUACAACUUCACGGUGAGGAUGAAGGAAGCUGGCUCAGACAAGUGGUCAUCAACUCUCUAUUUUGCGCAAGUGAAGGAAAUGUAUGGUCGAAAGUUUUAUUUCUGCUAUCCACUGGAUCCAAAUGAAGAUGGUAUCUGUUAUGCGUGCAAGAAUCAGGGGAUGGAUGCAUUGCGGCACCCUGCCGUUCCUAUCGGAUACGAGACUGGCCAGCCUGAUGCGGGACGUCCCUUCGUCGAUGACGACUCUGAUGAUGAUUGCAGUAUAAAACUAGACAAUGACGAUUUUGUGUGGGCCUUCGAACAGGUCUUCUGCAAGGGAGUACGCUCCUGAGUACAUUUUCUGUUGUGUCUGUACUCUGUACUCUGUAAUAGUGAAUGGUUUUCAUGUUAGAAGAAACGGUGACUACCCUGUGCUUGAGUUGUGCAAACACCUCCAAUCGCCACUUGCCAAUACUCACUGCGUUGAGAAAUGUAGGCGUACUCGGACUACUAAAUUGAACUUUGAUGGUGGACUUCU